GUGAAUCGGCCUCUCGUCUCCUCCUCCGUCGCCGUCGUCGUCAUCGGGACACGCUUGCCCGAUUGCUUGCUUCGAAGGGGACCGUUCCUCGUCCUUGCCUCCUCCCCCCUCUGCGUCGGAAGUAUUUUCUCGAUCUUAGUUACAUCCUUUCGGAUCGGUCGCGCGGAGUUCGGUUUGAUCUAUUCUAGGGUUUGUGUUCUUCUCGCCCUUGGCUGGAAACGUUUUCAAAUCAAGAUUAGGGCGUGGCUGUCCAGGAUACGUCGUAUCAGCCAGGAGGAAGCUUGCUUAGACUGAUUGAAGGAAUUCGGGAUGGAUUUUAAGUUGGGCCGUCUCAAUCUGAAUGCCGUUGCACAGGGUGUUGGUGGAUUUGUUUUUGGAAAUGAGAACUCUGCUUCAAAUGAAGAUAGCUACGUCGAACGAUAUCUCGAUCGUAUAAGCAAUGGUGUACUAGCUGAAGAUAGGCGAGCAGCUAUGAUUGAACUUCAGUCUCUUGUUGCAGAAAGCCGUGCAGCUCAGAUGUCUUUUGGGGCUACAGGAUUUCCUGUUCUUCUAAAUGUUUUAAAGGAAGAACGUGAUGAUGUUGAACUGAUAAGAGGUGCAUUAGAAACUAUUGUAAGUGCCUUGACUCCAACAGAAACUGCAUCUGUGCUGAAAACUGAGGUUCAGCCAGCUUUAGUGAAUUCUGAUCUGCUUUCUCGAGAAUCAGAGAGCAUUUCUCUUCUUCUCAGUUUGUUGUCAGAAGAUGACUUUUAUGUUAGAUAUUACACACUUCAGAUUAUAACUGCACUUCUUACACAUUCACCUAAUAGAUUACAGGAAGCAAUUCUCUCGAUUCCUCGUGGUAUAACUAGGUUAAUGGAUAUGCUUAUGGAUCGUGAGGUUAUAAGAAAUGAAGCCUUACUUCUUCUUACUUAUUUAACUCGUGAGGCAGAGGAGAUUCAAAAAAUUGUGGUGUUCGAAGGUGCAUUUGAGAAGAUAUUUAGCAUCAUUAGAGAAGAAGGAGGUUCAGAAGGUGGUGUUGUUGUGCAGGAUUGUCUUGAAUUGCUGAAUAAUCUUAUUCGUAAUAAUACAUCCAAUCAGAUGUUGCUGAAAGAGACCAUUGGAUUUGAUCCUUUAGUAUCUAUACUAAAGCUUCGUAGAGGUAGUGCUUACAAUUUUACUCAACAGAAGACAAUAAAUCUACUCAGUGCACUGGAAACAGUUCGAUUGCUUUUGAUGGGAGGCUCAGCAAGUGAGCCAGGUAAAGAUGCUAAUAAACUAUCAAAUCAAACCGCAUUAGCUCAGAAGAAAAUCUUGGACCAUCUCUUACUGCUGGGGGUUGAAAGUCAAUGGGCUCCGGUCGCAUUGCGCUGUUUGGCUUUGCGUUGUAUAGGGGACUUGGUUAUGAAACAUUCUCACAAUCUUGACAUUCUUGGAAGUAAAUUAGUUGGAGAAGAGCCUCAUCUUGAACCUGCCUUAAAUGCCAUUUUUCGUAUCAUUUUGCGCACCUCUACCUUGCAGGAAUUCAUAGCAGCUGAUUAUGUUUUCAAAUGCUUCUGUGAGGAAAAUUCUGAUGGUCAAGCAAUGUUGACAUCCACAAUGACUCCUCAGCCAGGCUCAAAUCAUGCUACUGCAGAAGUUGGUGGUAGCAUGCCUUUUGGCAGUAUGCUUUUACAAGCUCUACUAUCAGAUGGAGCUAGUGGAGAUCUUGAGAUGUGUUCCAAAGCUACUAGUGUUCUUUCUCAUAUACUAAAGGACAAUGUUAAAUGCAAGGAGCGGGUUUUAAGAGUUGAGCUCGAGGCACCAGUCCCAUCAUUAGGUUCACCAGAGCCUCUCCUGCAUCGCAUCAUGAAGAAUUUGGCUCUUGCAGCCUCAGGCAAAGAUAACAAUCAAACAUAUCAAGGAGAUUCGUACAUCCAACCCCUUAUUCUCCGAUUACUUGUCACAUGGCUUGCUGAAUGUCCAAAUGCUGUGUACUGCCUUUUGCAAGCACCAGCACAUCUUACCUAUCUUUUAAAUCUAGUCUCAAAUCCACAUGCAAGUGCAUGCGUGCAGGGUUUGGCUGCUGUUGUCCUGGGAGAAUGUGUUCUUUACAAUAAAAGCAGUGAAAACAAUAGAGAUGCCUUUUCUGUGGCUGAUUCUUUGAGUCAAAAGGUUGGGUUAACUUCAUUCUUUUUGAAGUUUGAUGAGUUGCGGAAAAGUCUUCUAGAUCUGGCCACAUUAGGCCAACAUCGCAAGCCACUUUCAAGAUCUAGCACCGCUAGUAUGGCAGAUGCCCAAGAGGUUGAUAAUGAUGAUGCAAAUCAGAAGCAUGAGCAUCCUGUUAUAGUGGAAAGUUUUGACCCCAUGUUUAUUAAAUUUAUUGAAAGGCUUGAAACAGAUAUCAGAGAAAGCAUUUUGGGGAUCUUCAGUAAUACAAAAAACAAGGUCACAGUAUUGCCAGCUGAGUUGGAGCAAAGGGAUAAAGAGACUGAUGGGGAUUACAUCAAGAGGUUGAAAGACUUUGUAGAAAAACAAUGCAAUGAGAUGCAGGACCUCUUAGGUCGGAAUGCCACCUUAGCUGAGGAACUGGUGAGGACUGGGAGUGGGACUCCAUCAAAUCCUUCCCAGAAUGCAGGCAGCGGCAAAGAGAGGGUUUUGACUGAGACUCUUCGCCAAGAUCUUCAAGAGGCAACACGACGCAUAGAGAUUCUCAAGUCAGAGAAGGCUAAGAUUGAGGCUGAAGCCAACAACUACAGAACUUUGGCCACGAAGCUGGAGUCCGACCUGAAAAGCCUUUCAGACGCUUACAAUAGCCUGGAGCAGUCCAACUUCCACCUCGAGGUGGAGGUGAAGGCAUUAAGAAAAGGUGGGGAUUCCCCAUAUCCUGAUGUUGAAGCAAUCAGAGCAGAGGCAAGAGAAGAAGCCGAGAAGGAGAGCGAAGCUGAACUGAAUGAUCUGCUCGUUUGCCUGGGCCAGGAGCAAAGCAAGGUGGAAAAGCUGACCUCCAGAUUGAUCGAGCUGGGUGAAGAUGUGGACUCCCUCCUCGAAGGGAUAGGGGACGACACCGCACUCGGAGAAGACGACGACGAUGAUAUCGAUGACAAAUAAACCAAAAAUUUCAACUCGCUUGUGUAACAUGGGCACUGAUUGAGGUCGCAGUUGAUCGGUAAGGCCCCAUGUCUGGGAAGAUGUCUUGGGAUACCUUGUACAGUGUAACAUAAAAAAAAUGCUCUGGUCUUGUUCUCUUUAUUCCCCUAAAUUAUGUGGUCUUAUUAUAGGACAUCUGAUGAACUCUUUCUUUGUGCUGA